AAUUUCCUUCAUGUCUAAAAACUUACAGCCGCUCUAUAUAAAUUUCCCCCAAAUCGGAAAUCUUAUUAGGGUUUUAGAGCUUUUUCAGGAUUCGAAAGGAAUAAGCUUCAGCGUCCGAAUCGGGAGGAAAUGGUGAAGGGACGCCAAGGAGAGCGUGUCAGACUCUAUGUAAGAGGAACCAUCUUGGGUUACAAGAGGUCAAAGUCGAACCAGUACCCAAAUACUUCUUUGAUCCAGAUUGAGGGAGUUAACACCAAGGAGGAAGUAGCUUGGUAUGCAGGAAAGCGCAUGGCUUAUAUAUACAAAGCUAAGGUGAAGAAGAAUGGCUCACACUAUCGCUGCAUUUGGGGAAAGGUCACUAGACCUCAUGGUAACAGUGGUGUUGUCCGUGCUAAGUUCAAGUCUAACCUUCCCCCAAAAUCUAUGGGAGAUCGAGUCAGAGUCUUCAUGUACCCUAGCAAUAUCUAAGCUGUCUCGAUGCCGAACGGCUUGUGAUUGACUACUUGAGUGACUCUGCCUUUUCACUUUGUUUUGAUAAACUUAUUCAACAUGUUUUGUGUUUAUUUUUGGUUUGUUUAGGAUGGUGUAUGAAAUAAGAUUUUGGAUAAUCAUUCAUUUUUUGGGAAUCUAUUGUCAUCUUUGGUCU